AUGGACGACACACUACCUCUAACCAACAAACCCCGCAAAUUCCGGCUACGGGACUUCCUAAUGGAAGAUAUCCGCGAGGACCUCCUCCUCGAAUGCGAACUACUACUCCUCUCCUUCGCAACGGGCAUCCAAGAUGCAGCUGCCUGGCCCGACUACACCUGCUUCGCCUCCAACCAAACAGGAAACACACUCUUCCUCGCAAUUGGCGUAGCAGGCCUGACCAACAAUGCAUACAGCUUCCCCAAUAUUGGGGUAAGUCUGAGCCAUUUCGUGGCAGGCGGUUUCGUUAUGGGUCAACUAGGGAAUUAUAUCGGUGUCCGACGACGACUAUGGCUCCUCAUCAGUAAUUUUAUUCAAACCGCUCUUGUCUUCACGGCUGUCGCUAUCCAGUAUUGUUUUCCCAUUCGCCGUGACGGUCCCGCUGCUAUGGCUGUUAUUGCUUGUUUGGCGUUCUCGUCUGGUGGGCAGGUUGCUAUGAGUCGGUCGUUGAAGAUCACGGAAAUUACUACUGCUAUGGCGACAGCUGCGUUCAUUGAUGUGGUUGUUGAUCCGUGUUUGGGCCAGUUGAAGAAUCGGCUGAGGAAUCGAAGGGUUAUGUUUCUGAUUAUGUUGACUGCUGGGUGUUUUGUUGGUGCUUUUGCGAAGCGGGAGGUUAGUUCGACUUUUCCUAUUCUCCUUUGUGCCAUUGGGAAGGGGCUGGUUAGUGUGGCCUUUUUGUUUAAUCGGCCUAUGGCUGUGACGGACUUGGAGAGGCUGAAGGAAUAG